CCCCGGCCAGCCGCUCCCGCUGGGCGCCCCGACGGGGUCCGGCCGGGGGCGGGGGCCGCGGCCGCCGACGAUGGGGAAAUCCAACAGCAAGUUGAAGCCCGAAGUUGUGGAGGAGCUGACCAGGAAGACCUACUUUACCGAGAAGGAAGUCCAGCAGUGGUACAAGGGCUUCAUCAAGGAUUGCCCCAGCGGGCAGCUGGAUGCUGCAGGCUUCCAGAAAAUCUAUAAGCAGUUCUUCCCAUUUGGAGAUCCUACCAAGUUUGCCACGUUUGUUUUCAACGUCUUUGAUGAAAACAAGGACGGCCGGAUUGAGUUCUCCGAGUUCAUCCAGGCGCUGUCGGUGACCUCGAGGGGAACGCUGGACGAGAAGCUUCGGUGGGCCUUCAAGCUCUAUGAUCUGGACAACGACGGCUACAUCACCAGGAAUGAGAUGCUGGACAUUGUGGACGCCAUUUACCAGAUGGUGGGGAACACCGUGGAGCUCCCUGAGGAAGAGAACACCCCCGAGAAGAGGGUGGACCGGAUCUUUGCCAUGAUGGACAAGAACGCCGAUGGGAAGCUGACCCUGCAGGAGUUUCAGGAAGGAUCAAAGGCAGACCCCUCCAUUGUGCAGGCGCUGUCCCUCUAUGAUGGGCUGGUAUAGUCCAGGACCCAGAGCUGGGAUGCCUGGGAACCACUCACCUCCUCCCGUGCCAUGAGGCCACCGCCGCCCCAACACCACCCUCUGUGUCCACCCAGCCUGUCCGCAUCCAUGGCCAGCCGGGCCGCCCUGGAACCGUGAGGCCCGGCUCUCCUCACCCCUGCCCCGCACCCACCGCCGCCUGAAGCCACCGGCUCCGAUCGCCAACAACCUCUGCUUGUCCAGAAACCGACAUGAAACGGAAAAGGCUAUAGCCCUCUGCAAAACCAGGGACCCGGCUGCUUCGCAGGCAGCCCCUGGGUCCCUCCCGCUCUCCUGCGCGUGUGCUUUUGUUUUUUUAUUUCAAACAGACAUCGAAAAAAGAAAAAAAACAAAAACAAAAACCCAACAGCUACCUUCUGUCCUAGAAGGUACAGACUGACAGAUGGGGAGAAGGCCAGCGUAGACCUCAGAGAACACUGCCUCCCGCCUCGGCCGUCCCUCGGCAGCCGGAGAGGCCGCGGGGAGUCGCGUGGACGUUAUUCCACGUCCCAUCCUCGAGCGGCGAGACCACCUGCGUGGCUAGGAUGAUUAAUGAUGAUGAUGAUGAUUUUUUUUGUGAUAACAGUAUUGUGCUUUUUGUGGGGAAAGUGAAUUUUUUUUAUACAUAUAUAAUUGAUAUCUUUUAUUUAUUGGUUGUUAACUGUUGCUGCUGCCCCGUGUGUCCAGAGCUCCCAGGGAUGCGGGGCCUACCGUUUACAUGUGCACGCCCUCGCCCACCUGCGCUUGGGGGGAUGGUGGCCUGCAGCGGCCAAGAAGCCAAAAAACUUUCCUCCUUCUUCUCCUCCUUUUCCCUCUUCUUCUCCUUCUUCUAAUUCUUCUUUUUCUCCUUUCUUUUUUUUUUUUUUUUUUCCCAGAUACCGUGCUCGAUGUUUGGAGAGGGGAAGGGUGGGUCUCUAAAAUGGCUAAUGCACUGUUCCCUCCAGCCCGAAUGCCUCCUCUUGAACUCCUUUUCUCUGCUUCCUAUCCACACUCCCCAUCCUGGGUCCUUCUCUGGCUCCACAGCAUCUUUUCUGAAGACAAACAGGGGACAUCUUUGGGUUUCUCAACUCUUGCUUUGGUGUCUGCAGCAGCAUGGAGACUGGGAGCCAGCAAGAGUGGGGGACGGGCAUUCUUUGCAAGCAAGUGAGCAGAAGGAAGGGCUCCUUCUCCCUCCUUGGUGGGUUUUAAAGAUAGUCGCUCAGUUCUCUCCCACUUGCUCUUCUGUCUGCCUGUCUGCUCUUGACCCACAGAGCAUCCUCCUCCUCCUCUUCCCUCUCAGCUCAGGUGCUGGGAGGGAGGGUAGGAGAGAAGGGCUGCAGGCAGUCCCACCCAGUAGUGGCUCCUCGGGGCUGUGGCCCACAUGUGCUCCUAGGAUGUGUCUAACUCUGCCUGCCACCCAGACAGGAUGGCCCCAGAACUGCCACCAGGAAAGUCAGAUGACCUUGGGCCAGAGGCUUGGGCUGAUUGAUCUGGAAGAUCCUUUUCCGUGCUGACACUGUAUGGUUGUAAGCCUGGGUUUCUUGCAGUUUAUGAUUCUAUGGUCCAUGCCUAAGUUUGCCAGACCCCAAAAGACAUGGGAAGGGUCUGAGUCACUAUUUGGUCUCUUGGCACGAGUCUGUGGGGACAUGGCAGCCGCUGGGUGUGAUGUGUGGGGUCAGAUGACCUACCUGGUUCUCUCUGCAAUCCUUCCUGGUCUCCCCUGGACUCUUGAGCUGUGUUUCUGGCCCCAGACAAGUCCUCAUUGGAAGGAAGCCUUUUGAGGUGGGAAGCAACCCCCUAGAGUCUGUAGGGCAGGCCUGAGUCUAGAAUUCCCACUUCUUUGCAAGGUCAGCAGGCUGCCAUCUCCCUGCUUGCCCCAGCCCCAGGAGAGGAGAAGCUGGCCCUUGGUCCUCACUUUGAAUUGUCCUUGGUCUUCACUUUGCACUUUGCCAGGAGGCCAGAGUGUCUGCUAAUUAACCUUCAGCUAACAGACCCUCCACCAGAGCCUGGCUGUGCCAGUACAGGGCUUGCAUGUCCAUUCCCGCUGGCUGGUGCACUCAGCAGUCCCAGACUCCCUUGUUGCUCAGCAGAGCCUGUGGCUGCACCCCACCUCCACUGUAAGCCCCCAGAUUCCGUGUUACAGGGAGCACUUCCAUUUUCACAGGUGACCUUGCAGGGUGGGCCCCUCAAGGUCGCUGGGGUCACCUUUCUGCUCAGGCACUGGCUCGGGAGCCUCAGACUCCCCACCCAAUCCUGGCUCUGGCCUAGGACCUUAGUGUGGGAGGUCAUGUUGGUGGUUUGGGGGUGGGGGGGGGUCCUUCCACAUGUCACAAGACUUCUCUGGCUUCUGCCUCAGCCUCUGGCCCAGUGGGGAGAUGCUGUCCUGCAGCCCAUGCUAGAGGCAUCGUCUCCGUAAGGGACCUGUAGCUCAGAAUCACCAGGGUUAAGCCUGUGGAUCCCCCUAGCUCAGGCAUCGAUUCCCAGGCAUCAAUGGAGCAUCCGCCUGUGAGGCCUUCCUCCUACCUUCUUGCCCUUUGACCUUUUGGUUUGGAGCCACGGCUGUGGCUUUUGGCCUCAGCAGGCCUUCCGUGGACGCAUGGCUCCAGCGCACCUUGGGUCCAUGCCCCGGGGCGGCCCAGAGCUGCCGGCAGGGUGCUGGACACUGGCCAUUUGUGCCCGAGGUUCCCGGGCAGGGACAGUCUGUCCCCUCCUCUCACCAGGCCUCUAGAUCUGGAGUCUUGAGCAGCUGUGGGUCUCUGUCCCCGGCAGGGAUCCCUGCUCCCCUCCCCAGGCCGUCACUCGCUGCUCCCUGGGGAUUCCAGACCCACCGGAGGCCAGGCUCUCCUCCCUCUCCUGACCUUCCGGCCCCUGCCUCCUGCUCAGGGCGUCGCUCCCCGCUCUGUGUUGGUGGCACUGAGGACGAUGCCAGAGUUCCCGAUACUGAACCGGGCAACGUUUCCAGUAACGUCAAGGCAAACGUGUGUGUCCUCCCUUCCCCUGAACUGCUUUUCUGUUUGGCAGCCAACUUCCUAGACGGCAGGCCCACUGGGCUUUCGGGAACCUGCCUUUUCUCCGAGGGGAGGAAGGGGGGCCGCCCCCCACCCCGGGGAGAGGCAGCCUCUCCCUGGAGAAAGCCCCUCUGCGCACCCCGCACCCAGAACCCGGUUCCCGGUGCAGCCUCGCCUCCGCGUCCGGGGAGCCUGGGGGACGUGGGCGCGCCCCCUCGUGGCGGGGAGCCGCAAUGGCACGUGGGGGUCCCCACAGGCCGAACAGGCGCUUGGAGGGGCAGCGGGAGGUGGGGUGCUAGGAGGGGGCGCGGAUCUCGCCCGGGCCUGGGCUCCAGCCCGCCUUCUUGGCAGCGUGUCUCCCAGAUGCCCCUCUUCUAGGUCCCCCCCGCCCCCCGGGGAUAGCAAGUUAAUUAGCUUAAGGGCACCAUGAUGGGAAGCCUUGCCCUCUACCCAUUUUUUUAAUAUCUGCGGAAUAAACCCAAUGGUUGAUUUUUGAAUGAAUAAAAGGCUUUUGUUGAAUAAA